UUGAGAGCUGACAGGGCCCUAGCAGCAUUUGUCGAAAAUCCGCAGCGACUUGAUCAUGCGAGAGGGCGGUUCAGCGAAUCUCCGCCAUCGUACAGAUCUCACUUGUCACACAACUCAACCCGAUCUCAGAGUCCUAACCCGCCUAGCGAGGAACAGAAACGCCGCGGGGAACGAAAAUGGCAGCUGAUACGAGAGCAUCGGGCAUCGUUUCCUUCCAACCAAUUCGACGCCGAAAAGAGUGAAGAGAUAGAUCGGCUCUACGAAGCGAAUCGAAAUCGAUCACGCCGUCAGCCGGCCGGUACGAACAUCUACAAGCUCGCGGAGGAGAACGUCAAGACGCGCUGGGUGGAGCAGGGCAUCUGGAACGAGAGGUGGAAACAAUUGACGCUGUGGAGGUGGAAGCACGAAGAACCGUUCGAGCCUGAGUCCGAAUCGGUCUCCGAUUCGGCGGCCGAAGGCGAAGCUCCUCUUUUCUGCCUCCCCUCCAAGAGAGCAGAGGCGAAACCGAGACGACCGAAGAGUGCCGAGGAGCUGCGAUGGAUUGCGGGGCGACGGCCUGUACGAGAGCGCGAGCGUGAAGCGUCACGCCCAUUUCAUCGGUUCGUCUAUCAGGUGUCGAAAGAACGCGAACGGAUUCAAGACGAAAUGAACCCUCCUGCCCCCCCUGCUCCGGACUUCUCUGAUCUCAACUUGGCAGCCACUACACAGACCCCUCUUGACAUUAAUUCGACGGCCUAUGAGAGAGUGAAGAACACCUGGAUGGAGAGGGGAAUUUGGAAUAAGAAAUGGGGUGUACUGCCUGGGAUGUCCUGGAAGCAUGAACAGCCUCUCGAGGAGAUGCUUCGCGAAGAGUUGGGCGAUGAUGCUGCCUCUGUUCAAGCGAGCGCGCUCGGGGACGAUAGGUAUGGAACCGGAGAAGUGCCUCCCCGGUCGAUAUUCGGGGCUCCCCUCUCUGCCGAGUCAAAUGGCCAAGCGUCCGGUAUCCGGAACGCGUCUCAGCAAGAACCACCUGCGGACACUCUUUCGGAAUUACUGAAUGGCGAUGUCAGUCACUCUUCCACUGCUUCAAAUUCACGACGCCGCCAUGCAACGAGUCGGGAGGCUCCUCGAUCUGGCCCGCAGCAGAGACGGCGAUUCGAGGGUGGACAGGCUCCACUUGGUCCAGUUCAUUGGACGAAGGUGUCCAAGGCUCGUGGAAAGAACGGACCUGGGCCCCGGCGUCUACCGAAUGCCUCUGAAUUACCAUCUGAGGCUCAACAAUCUUUACCCGGACUAGACGUCCCUGCUCCCCCCCCAAAGGUUGCUCCUGUACCACCACGAAGGAGCAAACGCUUGCAGGUGGCCGAGCGCAAAACGGCUGCAGACCCCUCCGGCAUCGCGGCUACCGAUCCACACGUCGGUGGCUCUCAAUUAAGACCCAGGCGGAUUAGUGCUCGUCCAAAGCCUGCACGUUUAGCAAAACCUCAGAGAGUAUCCAAAAGGCGUCCAAGUACAACUCGGCGU